GGCGCCGGGGCCGGGCCGGAGCGGCGGCGGGCGCGGGGCACGCCGGGAAGGAGGCGGAACCGGGCGGGGCGGAGCCGCGGGGCACUGUGGGGAAGCCACCCCCGAGAUGGCGGCCGCCACGGUACAACCAAGAUGGCGGCGACCGGCGGCGGCGGCCAUUUUGUCCCUCCCUCAGCGGGCGGCGCGGCGGGCGCCAUUUUCUGCCUCCUCCUCCUCUCUCCGCCGCUGCGGCCGGUGGGCGCCAUGGGGGUGCGGCGGGGCCGGGCGGCCCCGGUGCUGGAGGGCGACGUCGCCGCUUAUUUCCGACGGGCUCUGGAGACGCUGCAGGAGGGGCUGAGCCCGGAGGAGCUCGAUCUUUUUGCCACAAAUGUCCUGGCGGAGGCGGUGGCGGCGGGCCCGGGGGUCGCCCUGGACCCCAGCGGCUCGCGAGUGCUGGAGGCGCUGCUGCCCCGGGCACCCGCGGCGGUGCUGAGCCGGGUGCUGAGCCCCUUGGUGGGGGGCCUGGGGGGGCCCGCGGGGCACCCGCUGGGGGCUCGGGUGCUCGAGGCCGCCCUGCAGCGGGUCCCGGAGGUUGUGGGGCCGCCGGGGGACGCUAUGGGGCGGCUAGAGGACGCCGUGGGGCGGCAGGCGGCGGCGGUGCGGGGCGAGGCGGUGGCGUUCGCCCGGCACCCCAACGGCAGCUUCGUGCUCAGGGCGCUGCUCAGGGCGCUGGCGGGCAUCCAGGGGGCAGGACCCCCUCACCCACCCCACAGGGGGGCGGAGCCUAAACCGAAGGGGGCGGAGCCAGCAGCCAAGGGGAUGGAGCCUAAACCAAAGGGGGCGGAGCUUCCCCCCUCCUUCCCCCUCCUCCUGGGGCAAUUGGCGGAGGUCUUCGAGGAGAAUCUGCCCUCCCUGGUGUCCCCGCCCUGUGCCAGCCUCUGCCUGCAGGGGGCGCUGGAGGCGCUGCGCCACAGCCAAUCGCCCGCCUGCACCCGCCUCUGCGACGCCCUCAUUGGCUACCUGGCCCUGCCGGGACACGCCCCCGGGGAGAGCCCCCUGGUGGCAGCGCUGCAGGACGCGCAGCGCGGGCGCCUGGUGGAGGCGGUGCUGGCAGCGGCCGGGCCCCAGCGGCUGCGGGAUCUCUUCCGGGAGCACCUCCAGGGCCACCUCGUGGGCGUGGCCAACCACCGGCUGGCCAAUCACGGCCUGCAGCGCCUGCUGGACCACGCCCCCUGCGACGUGGUGGGGGCAGUGCUGGAGGAGCUGGGCCCCGCCCUGCAGCAGCCCCUGGCGCGGGGGCACCCCGGGGUGCUGACGGCGCUGACGGGCGCCUGCCGCCGCCACCCCCCGCUGCAGCCCCAGGCCCUGCGCCGUGUGCUUGAGGCUUUCGACUGCUGGGAGCCGCCCGAGCGCCGCCAGGGCUGCGUGGGGCCGCUGGCUGCCCUGCGGCCCUGGGGGGGCGGGGACAAGGAGCAGGGGGCGGGGCCUGAGCCCACCCCAGGCGCCGUGACGCUGCCGGGCUCGCUGCUCCUCCAGCACCUGCUGCACUUCGGGGACCCGGGCCCGGUGCUGGGGGCCCUGGCGGCGCUGCCCUCCACGGCCCUGGCGGCGCUGGCGCUCAGCCCCCCCGGCAGCCACGUGUGGGACGCGCUCCUCGCCUCCCCCUCCGUGCCCCCCCGCGCCCGCCGCCGCCUUCUGCGCAAGCUCAAGGGCCACUUCCUGUCGCUCGCCUGCCACCGCAACGGCAGCCGCGUCCUCGACGCCAUCUUGGCCUCCUCCUCGCCCCGCGCCCGCGCCGCCAUCGCCGCUGAGCUGGCCCCCCAGCGCCCGGCGCUGCUGCGGGACCCCCACGGGCGCGGCGUCGAGCGGCGGCUGCGCCUCCUCCUGCGCCGGCCCCGGCAGUGGCGGCUGGAGGACUGAGAGCCAGCGAGUUCCCGCUGCCAGGGGUAGAGAGGCGUCGGGGGCGGAGCUUGGAGGAGCAUGAGUACGAAGGUGAGACCAUAGAGAGCGGCCAUGGGUGGAUAGAAGGUCCCUCUGCUUGGUAUGGAGAUCAUAGAGGUGGUGGAGGACUGAGUAGAGCGUCUCCAAAGCUUGGGCGUGGCUUGUACCACUGAGAUGUUGGAGGACUGAGGAGUAGAGUGUCACCUUUCUGUGCUACAACCAUAGAGUUGCUAGAGGACUACCAACCAUAGAGCAGCCUGGAGGACCAGCAGCCACAGAGCUCCUGGAGGACCAGUGGCCAUAGAGUUGUUGGAGGACCACCAAACCAUAGAGCUGCUGGAGAACUGACCACUAGAGAGGAUCCCUAUAGGCGACGCUCUGGUACCGCAUAACCAAGUCUUGUCUGCUCUGUUUUUUCUUUUCUAUCUGUAUUUUUAUAAAUUAACCAAUUUCUUCA